AUGCUCGGCUCCGAGGCCGCCGCCGCUUGGAGGGCCCGCAUCGACGCGAGGCGCAAGUCCAAGCGCUCGGUCGUCCAGGCUGUCUCAGCGGCAGGCGCCUGCUCGGCGGGUAAUGCGAUCUGCUGGGCGAGCCUCAAGGCUGGCUCCGCCCGUUGCAACCGCGGGGACUGUCGGCUCCUGCACCUGAACUCCGGCACGUGCAUCCACUCGGUGGAACACAUGUUGGGGCAGCGGAGCGCCGCGUGCGACGCCUGCGCCUUCCACAGCCUCAGCCGCGAGGUGCUGCUGCAGCAAGUCGCCGGCUGGUGGGGAACGGGAUACGAGCUGGUUGAGAGCGGCGACACGGAGGCGGCGCGUCCCGCUGCGCCGCCUGCAAUGGUGCCGGCGCUGGCCUGCGAGGAGUGCGAGCCAUGCGCUUCGAGCUGGCACACCGACGUCGAGUUUUGGCGCGGCGAGAUCGCGCGCCGCCACCCGGGAAACGGCCACCUGCAGCGGCUGGUGGGGGAGGCGUGGUUCAGCGCACUGCUCUGCGACGAGGGCGGCGCAAAGCUCUGGCGCGGCGUGCGGCGGAGGCUGCUCAAGGAGCUGACAGAGGCGAGGGCGGCGGCCUGCCUCGCGUACGCGGUGGUCUGCCUCGUGCGGCGCGCGUUGCAGAGGGUUGGGCUGCCCGCCGACGGCCAGGAGGGCGGGAGUGGAGCCGUCAUAUUCGACGUCUGCGCCGGGCGCGGCAUUGUGGUGCGGUGCCACCUGCUCGACAUCUUCCAAGAGGGCGCGCUCGAGCGGCUCGCGCAGCACUACGUGGCGGGCGAGUGCGGCGGCGGGUUUGCCUGGGGCUGCGCGGUCGGGACGCACUUGUGCGGCGCGCUGAGCGCGCGGCUCGUCUCCUUCUUUGGCAGCGGUGGCCCUCUGCUGCGCGAGCUGGUGCUCUCCCCGUGCUGCCUCAAGGGGUGGCUCGGGAAGGAGGUGCAGCGGCAGGCGCGCGAGCUGCACCGGCCCCACUACGAGGUCCUCGUCAGCACGCUCGCCGAGCUGGUGCGCGCAGCGUGCCGCGACGCCGAGGGCGAGGGCGGGAGCGGUUGCGCGGACUCUAGCGGGUCGGCGGCGGAGGUGGAGGUGCGCGAGUGGUACGAUGCCGCAGUCCUCUCAGAGAAGAAUGGCUUCGAGCGGGCCGCCGCGCUCGCCACCUCGCUCCGCCGGUGCGGCCUCGACGCGUGCUAUUUGCGCCGGGGCGGCGCGGACAGCCUCGCCAAGCUGCUCGGCCGCCUCCCCGCCGGGGGGUCGCUGCUGGCCGUCGGGCGAGAGGGGACGAGCUUACACGCCGCUGGCGGCGGGCCACCGCUGCGCCUGCACGCCGGCAUCGCCGCCAAGCGGCUGCGCAACGCGGGCGCGGCGGGCUUCCAGGACUCUCUUCUGGCGGCAUGCGAGCUUCGUGCAGGCGAGGUCGUCAUCGACGCGACGGCGGGCUUGCUGGGCGACGCUCUCGUCGCCGCGCACGCCGUCGGCCCGGGCGGUCGCGUCGUCGCGAUGGAGUCGAUCCCGCUGCUCCACGCCGUCACUUCCGGGUCGCCGUCGACGCUCGGCGACGCCCGCGCAGACGAGGCGCUGGGUCGCGUCUCGGUGCUGCUCGGUGACCACACGGCGCUCCUGCGCUCCAUGCCGGACGAGUCGGCCGACGUCGUCUUCUUUGACGCGGCACCUGCGUACGCCGGGCUGCGCUCGCUCGCCGACCAUCGGCCGCUCAGCGCGGAGGCGGUGCGGCAGGCGGUGCGGGUUGCGAGGAGGCGCGUCGUCGUGAUGGACGCCGCCGCCGGCGAGGAGCUCGAGCGGUUGGGCGUGCCGCUCUACCACCGGAGCCAGCGCAAGCGCUUCGGCCCUGCUGACUCGCCGGCGCAGCUGCUGGCCGCCACGUGCGUUUGCCGCGACGAGGUGCGAGAGGCGUUGGCGCAGCUACGGCGCUCGAGAAAGGGGCGCCGAGAGGAGGCGCGGGUGGGGGAUGGGCAGGCGGCGGCGGGGGCGGAGGUUUGCAACGACUUGGUGGCUGCGAUGAGUUGCUGCAUUCGAAUCGAGGAGCGGGCGUUCGCCGCGUGCGACGCGCUGCGAAGAGAUUUGCGCUUAUCGUGUGGGCUUUGCGUCAGUGGUGACUGA